AUGGCAUACGUUUAUGCGAGUGUGUAUGGGGAGGUUCUGGAUCAUCGUAAUGGAACAUACUCUGUUGUUCUUCUUGUGCCCUGGGAAGGUCAGGCACAAGUUUUUGUACGUCUUGAGCACUCCAGUGAGGUUGUGCAGAUUCUUAAAAAAUACAGAGAGUCUUCAUUCCCACGCAGCCACUAUAAUGGCCACUUUGAAGGUCCAAGCCCCAAAAACACCAGGAUCAGUGAAGUAGUAGAAUGCAAUCUUAAGUGGGGUGGAGAUGGAAGUUGGAGUAAAGGCAACUGCUGCUGUGAGUAUGAGGAUAUAAAAAUGGGGACGGUGUGGCAGUGUGAGAGACCGAAGAAACUUUCCUGUGACAAACUGGUUCAUCACUCAAUGGGAGGUUUUAAAAGCCCUUUAAAUGCAUUUGAGAAUCAACUUUUUACAAAGAAAUUAACAAAUGUUGCUAUUUCUGGACAAAAAAUAAACUUAAAUGUCCUUCCCAACACUGCAGGCAAUGGCACAAUGGAGAGAUGCAGAUCUGGCUUGACAACACCAGUUCCAGCUGGGUUCUAUUUAAAAGAUGUUUGGAAGUCUUUUAUAUGCAACACUCAACAGUUCAAUUCCACCCAAAUGGGAAAUUGUCUUAAAAACAAAAUGAUCUACUUGUUGGGAGACUCCACCACAAGGCAGUGGUUUGAGUAUUUAGAAAGAAAUGUGCCAGACUUAACAAGAAUGGAUCUGCACACUCCUCGUACAGGUGGACCCCUGAUGGCUGUGGAGAUGAAAAAUAAUAUAAUUGUUCACUGGAAGCCACACGGUGUUCCUUUGCGAUUUUAUAAAAUGCUCAUUACCGACCUGCAUCAUAUUGCCAAUGACAUUGAUGAAAUAGCUGGUGAUCCUCAUGCAGUUGUUGUCUUCACUAUCUUUGCCCAUCGGGUUUUCCACCCAAUAACAUUUUACAUCCAUGAAGUGGCCAAAAUCCGUCAGUCUGUUGUUGCGUUGCUGAGCCGUGCACCACAGACUACUGUCAUCAUCAAGUCUGGAAACACUGCAGGACGAAAGAAUAUUUUUCAAAGUGAUUGGUUAACCAUGCAGCUGAACACAGUGAUGCGAGAGAUGUUAAGAGAUGUUGAUGGAGUAAUCUACUUAGAUGUAUGGCAGAUGACUUCCUGUCACUAUCUACAAGAAAAUAUUCACCCAGGACCUGUUAUCGUUGCUAAUGAGGUCAAUCUGUUUCUGUCAUAUGUCUGUCCUAUCUGAUUAAUCAUUUACAAUUACACAGCCCCAAAGAAUAAUAUUUAUCUUGCUUUGCUAUCAUCAGCAAU